GACUUUCUGAAAAGUGAAAAGGGAAAAUUAAGCAAAGCAAAGGCGAUUCUGAUUCUUGAUAAAAUGAUAACGUGCGCAAGAAAAAUGCGCGAUGAGUUUUUGUUAUGAUCGAAAAAUGAAAACAUUGAAAUCUCUGCCGAUGGAUGAAAAAACUGUAGGUAGAAUAGGUAGAAUUAAAAAAUUUUCAUAUUUUAAUUUUUGGAAGUAUUGUGUUGCGCAGUAAACGACUGCUUGUGUUUGAAUCAUCUAAUCAAUUUUUUAAUGCGAGUCUUGAUUAGUGGUGUCCUAUAGUGGUGUGAGUGUUGCCGGUUUCAUGUUCAUGAUAAUAGUAAUCACUGAUACCACUUCAAGAAAAACUGAUGGAGUUACGUAAGAAUAAAUUCGUUUUGAAGCAAUCCAGUAAAUUUACUAUGAUACUGAAAUGCAUCAUUCUGAGUAUCAUCUUCGAUGUGGCUCUUUCAGAAAGUGACUCAUUUCACGAGGAGUUACUUUUAAAGCCAUUAGACAAUGGUAAAGUGUACAGUUAUUUUCAAUUCACCACAUUAUGGAAUAAAAGCUUGGAAACUGAUCAAUACGGUCAUUGUCACCUGUUUCCCCAUGCUCUUAUGGAAAUAAUUCAAACAUACGAAGUCCAAGAACUUCACAUCAGUUUGACCGAAGGACAGUGGAAACACAGAUACUGGGGAUAUGCGAUUGUGGAAGCUCCUCCAGGCGCCGAAUUAUGGGUGUGGUUCAAGCCAAACACCAGAAACAUCGAUGAAAAAUGGAAAGGUCUCACAGCUGCUCUAUCUGGAUUACUCUGCGCUUCGUUCAAUUUUAUAGAUAGUGUGAAUAGCGUUAGUCCCAGGUUGAGUUUCAGACCGAAAGGCAUCGAGAGUGAAAUGCCUUUAAAUUCCGAACGUCUUCGUUACGCCACUUUGCCUCGAGAAAUUGUGUGUACGGAGAAUCUGACUCCUUGGAAAAAACUACUACCGUGUGAUUCAAAUAAAGGAUUAUCGACAUUGUUGAACGCCCGAUAUAUUCAUAAUACGAAUUACCAUUCAGUUGGGGUUCAUUACCGUCAAAUAUGUGCGAAUGACGGAUGUUCGAAGACCAAAAUUGAAUUACAACAGACUGUAUCGUUGGUUUAUGAUUUAGUUAUUCUCACUAGCAGUAUUAAGGAAUGGUCUAUUCGGAAACUAUUCGGUAUCGGCUUGUUCGGUUCAUGUCCGGUUGCUCAAGAUUCAAAUAUCUACGUGGAUAUCUCGGAUAAUAAUUUUGAAUUGGUACAACCACCGGACAAUAUUUUAACCAAUGUAAGAGGUGGUCAGAUAACCAAAUAUGCUGUGUACGAUUUCAAAAAUAUCAAUAAUCUAUCUGUGAAAAACAUACGAAAUAAUUACCAAUCUAAAUCACCCAUAUUACACGCUAAUCGUUACAUAAGAGAUUAUGGCAAAGAAGUUGGCGGGAUUGUGACGAAAAUUUACAAUAAUCAUCGAGAACCUAUAGAUAUCAUUUAUUUUGAAAACAUACCUUGGUUCGUACCAGUUUACUAUCACACUUUGAAGAUCGUCAAUGGAAACAAUGUAAUAAAACCUAAACAAACUCAUUACAUACCAGGAAAAAUUCGAACAAGACCAUAUUAUUUAGAGGUAGCAUUUACAUUACCUCCCCGUUCGGUUACCGAAAUUUCUAUCGAUUUUGAUUACAUGUUUUUAAAAUGGCAAGAAUACCCUCCGGAUGCUAAUCACGGAUUUUAUGUCGGAUCAGCAGUAAUCACUGCUUCACUGCCGUAUGCUAGAAAUUAUUAUUCGCUUCCUCGAACUGUCAGUUUAAUCAAAAACUGUUUCAAUGUUACUGAUUCCGACGGAUAUAUUGUACAAUUGCGAACUGAAUCAUUUAUACUGAGUUUACCGACUCCUGAUUUUAGUAUGCCUUAUAAUGUAAUCUGUUUAUCUUGUACAGUUGUGGCCUUAGCUUUCGGUCCUAUACAUAAUAUUACUACUAAAAGACUUAGAUUAUCGAAAAAAGUAAACAAAAGUAAGUUGAAAAUGCUUCUAGAUUUGAAAUUUUUCUCAUUCUUACGAUUGCGUUCCAAAACUUCUGAGCAACAGGAAGAAUCUAAUCGUUAAAACAUGAACAGCGAUUUUUAUUUUUACCUGUUGUAAUUUUUUUACGAACAUUGUAAAAAUCUAGUCCUAAUGAUUGUAACUGUACAGGAUUAUUAUUUAUUAUAGAUUUUUGCAUUUUGUGUAAGUAUUUCAUGUGCGUACUAUUUUGUUGUACAUAUAAUUGAGGAGCUUGGAAUCAAAACUCACUUUUGCCAUCGGACAAAGUUUUGAGAAAAUCGACAAUAACUGAUUUCGCCUAGUGCGUUGAUGAAAAAAACGCCGCAAAGUGUGUCAAACUCUUGAGUAAGACUACUAAAUAGGAUUCCAUGAGAAAAUUUUUUUUUUCAAGUUGCCAUAUCGUUGCAGUAUGGCUAUCAAGUUUGGCAAAAGUGAGUUUUGAUUCCAAGGUGGGGUAAUUUUACUUUCUUUUGCGAAUAUAUCGAAAAAUAAGCCUCCUAGAAAAAAACUAACGACAUUAUGUCGAUUGGAAAUUUAAUUCUCUACAAUUCUCCUGGAUCUGAUUUUUCCGUAGAAUGCUUCGUUCAGUCUCCAGACAGCUUUAAAAGUUUUGAGCGCUGAAUUUUUCCAAAAAUUAUACUUUCUUUUGCAAAUAUAUCGAAAACUAAGCACUCUAGAAAAAAAAUAACGACAUUAUGUCGAUUGGAAAUUUAAUUUUCUACAAUUUUCUUCGACCUCAUUUUUCUGUAGAGUAUUUUGUUCCGCCUCCAGAGAGCUUUAAAAGUUUUGAGCGCUCAAUACAUCCAAUUUUUUACCUCCUCAGUUGCAUCACUUCCAAAUUCAAAACUACCAUUUUCGGUAUUUUCACUAUCAGAAAAUGCUUCCGAAGUUGCAACUGAAUUAUUUUGGCUUUGUAGACUUCCAUGCGACCUUCAAAAUACAGUUUUUUUUAUAGCUUGGAGUCAAAACUCACUUUUGCCACUGACAAAAGUGAGUUUUGACUCCAAGAGCACUUUUUAACACGAAAUUGUGAAGAACUGGGGCCGAAUUCGGAAAAAUGGAUUCUGUAGGGUGAUAGAGAAAUUGAAGAAGUAUCAGAAUCCGCAAAAAAACGCAUAUCGAUUUUAGGUGGCAAAAGUGAGUUUUGAUUCCAAGCUCCUCAAUUAGAAUAGUAUUUUUAUUAUAAAAUACUUACAUCUGUUAAUACGCUUAUUUUUUAAAAAUACUGCGAUGGUUUUUCGAAAAAAUAAAAAAAUUUGCGUACUUA